UUUGAUGCAAACCAGGCCGCUCGGGUCUUGUUACCUGUACCAACCCAACGGAAGCACAAUACACUUCCAACAGGUGUGUGUCUCGACCGCUUCAGCGGUGUACACGUCUUGUUUGUUGUCCGGGGGAUUUAAAAGGUUUUAAACUACUGAAACGGGCAUCUCAUUUGGGGUUCAAACCGCUGAUCUGUAAACACUUAUAGAUCAGUGGUUCAAACGCGCCGUUUACGUUUUGUAAGAAUGCGUACGUUGAAAAGAGCUUUCGUCUGUCCAGGUGUUUGGCUGUGAGAAUUCAAGGACCAGCGCGUAGCUUCUGCCAUGAAAAUACAUCAAAAACGGUACCCACACUAAUGCAGAGAUGCCUGGAUCCUGGAUAAACCAGACAGACCCCUCUCUCCCUACCUCCCAGAACAGCCACCCUGUCUACACGUCUGGGAUCCACAGGAAUAACCCCACCGAGGAUUUGAGACUGGUGGAUGAGCCAGGGGACCCCGUCGCUAAAGCGGAGGUUCCCAGAGCUGGGUUUCCCCAGGCAAGCCGUCCUCUCUCGCCUCUUCCCCUUCUCUCGCCUUCCCUGGCCCUGCCCGAGAUCAGUGGAAAUAACCCCACGAAAAAGAUGGGAGGAGAAGACUCUCGCUGUUGCGGUGCCUGCAACUCUUCUGUGGAGAAACGUAUUCAGCAGGAGCAAAAGUGGCAGCUUUGGCACGAGUUCAUGCACGCCUACUCCCGGUUCAACGACUGGCUGCGAUUGGCCGAGGGCGUGGCCUCCUCACCAAACUCCGCCCACGUGCUUUACAUCGCUGCGAAGGAGGAGCUGAAGAAGUUUGAGGCGUUGCAGAGGGAGAUCCGGGCUCGUCUGUCCGAACUCGAGUCCUUGAACAUGCAGUACUGCAGGCUGGCGAAGGAGGCGGGUCUGGGGGCAGGGCCAGACGAGAGUGUGCGUCUCCGUGGAACAAUGCAGGAUGCCAGCCGGCGCUGGGACGAUCUCAACAAGCGCACCGCUAGCAUCUGCCGCAGGCUCCAGCACUUUGUGAGGCAGCGCGAGGAGUUGGAGAGCGAGCGAGAGAAUAUUGCGGUCUGGCUUGCAGAGAUGGACCUGAGGCUGACUGAAGUGGAGCAUUCCUCAGUGUGCAACACGGCCGACAAGAUGAAACAGCUGCAGACGUUCCAGCAGACAGUGUGUGAGAACGCGGAGCGGCUGAACGGGCUCCUGGUUCGAGGGGAGCGAUUGAUCCAGCGCAGCGAGCCGCAGGACGCCGUCGAGAUCGAGGACUCCCUACAGGAGCUGCUGCUGUACUGCACCCAGGUCUUCGAGGGGGUGGGCCGUCUACACACACGCCUGCUGAGCAUGAGGCUGGUGUUUGAAGAUGUCUGGAUGUCGGGCUCAGACUGUCUGUCGGAGAUCCUCUGGGAGGACGAGGGGAUAUACGACCGGAGCAGCCCCUCUGACCAGCUGCCCCUGGCUCCCAGUGUCUGCACUGGAUCCAGUCGGGACUCUCUGGCCCUGGAGUGGGACCCCUCCGUCGAUGUGGGCGGAUCCACCUCACACGACGACGCUGACUCCUCCUACUUCAGCGCCAUCACAGGUUUGCACCACUUAGAAAAAGCCUUAUCGAAACAGCCUUCCACCAAGAGAACAUUUCUGAGCUCCCUGUGUGCUCAUCUGGACGCUGACCCUGCAGAGAGUAUCGGAAGCAGCAGCGUGGAGUGGGGAGUCACCUUGUCUGCGGUCCCAGACGCUCUGGCUUUAGGUGUCUCUCAUGAAGAAGUGUGCAGUUCCUCCAGAUCCUUUGUGUCUGCUGGACACUGCCCUGCAACGGAACCGGUCACCUUUGACCCAGAACGCAUCAGCGCCUGGCUCGGCCAGACAGAACCUGCUCUAGAACACGCCCGGAACUUUCCCGAGGAGACGGGAGGCAGGGCAGACCAUCGGAAACAAGAGGCGGUUCGGGAUCACCGGCUCCCUCCUCAAGGCACAGGGGUGUGUUCUGUAGACAGAGACUCCUUGCUGGCGAACCCUGGUGCCCUUCUCCGUCAGAAUGGGUACCGUCUCCAGCAGGGAGAACAGCUUGGCAUUAGUUCCAUUCCUGCGUGGAACAGAAGAAGAAAUAUAAAAAAUCAGUUUCGAGAAAAGAAGCAAAGUUCUCCUCGCCAGUCAGAAGUCAGGAUCACCAUCGAGAAUGAGUCUGAAGAGGACGAUCCCGCGAGGUCCAGACGUCUCCUGUGGCUUCUGAAGACAUCCCUGUCCUACCGCUUGGUCAGAGUCACCCUCUUCGUCCACUUCCUGCUGGCUGUUCUCCUGGGGGUCGUCAACCAGAUCCCGGUCAGUGCAAAGGACUUCAGCUGUCAUCACGCCAACAAUUUUGCCCGCUCUCUCCACAUCAUGCUCCACUACGUCAACGGACCACCCCCGACAUGAAGCCAGCGAACGAGAGAGGAGGACCCCAGAACCACCCUCAGGGAGCAUCUACACCGCUUACCGCAAACUGAACCCUUUCAACCAAAACUAUUGGGAAAAAAUGUACUCCUGAAAUAUCUUUCCUUUUAAAUAUUGAUUUGGCAAUAUGUACAGCUGCCUGGCAGAACACUGUUCCACUCUCAACGAUAGUAGAAGUUACUUAAUAAGAAUCUAAUGCGAAGGACACACGAGAGACAGGCUGGUUUUUAAAUCUUGGACUGCAGGGAAAAAGAAUAAAUAAAUACAUGUUAGUAGAGAGCUGUGAAUAUCUUAUACUGCCAGGGAAAUACUGUGAGGUUGUUGAAUUAGUUCAUAAAUAUUACUCUAAGUGAUCCAUGCAGGUCCGGUUGUAGAUUGAGUUGCGGACGCUUUUAUCCAAAGAGACUUGGAGACUAAGGGGUGAACUAUGCUUCAUCCACAACUGUUGCUGCAGAGUCACUUACAAUAGGACCUCGGUUUUUAUGUCUCAUCCGAAGGACAGGUUGUCAUCCUUGUGCCUUUAUAAAAAUCGCCUUUGCUUUUAGAACCCGUGUCUGUUUAGGUUUGUGAAGGAGACCCAGGUCAUCCGUUGAGCUACCCCAAGACUGUCAACUGCUUAGAGGUUUGACUUUGCCUUUGUAAAACGUCGAAGAUUUGUCCUUAAAGAGGGAAAUGUUUUUAGCCAUAGUCCCCUAGAUGACUAUACGUCAUAUUUUUAUUUUUUUUAUAUAACAAGGAUAAAAACUAACCAAGCUCCUGGUUUAACAGCCAACAUAUAGACAUUCUGACUGUAAAUAGCUUUUAAAUGGUAUAAAACUAGUAACAACCAGCACAGAAAUAUCUUGCCAGUUUAGUUUUAGUUUUUCUUCGCUGACAAUUUGUCUUUGCACUUGUGUUUAAGUUAUGAAGAAGUGAUGUACUGGGUUGCUGGCGUGUUUGGUUCCCUUUUACUAGAAGCACCCAUUCAUGAUAGUCUAGAUUAGAUAAUGUAGCACAAUUCAGAACACAUAUCAGAUCUUAAUCAAGUCUUCAGCUUUUUAAAAAGCCACGUCUGCACCAGUGUGUUACGCGUAUUAUAAACUGAGAAAGAAAAAAGUAGUGUAGUUUAUCUGUAAAUAAAAUAAACUGGAAGAUCAUUGAGUUCACAUUUGUUUUGCUUGGUUUUGUGUGUCACCGUCACCCAAAAUGGAAAGAGUUUGCACAAAUGUUUUUGCAAACAUACGCAAUGUUCACAUUGGAUUUUCUCCACAUUAUCCCUGAAAUAUUUCCAGUGAUUUAUUCACUCUUUUCCCAGAACUGGCGUGCCAACAUUUUCUUUUUGUUUGUUUUGGGGGGGGCAAGAAAAAAAGAAAAGCACG